AUGAAACAUUUUCUUAUAUUUUUCUUUGGCUGUAUUGUGGCUGUUUCAAUAGCAAUCAAUACAACAGUAUCUACGAACAAUACAGUGAAGGUGGUUGUUGAUGAUGAUAAUAAUAAUGAAAGUUUUUAUACUGUUGAUGUGCUUUUAACAGCUGGUGAAGUAUUUUCUUCAAAAAUGAGUCAAAAUGAUACAGGUUUAUCAAUUCGUUUAACAGCUCGUGAUGGUACAAUUAGUGCAUGGUAUCGUUUAUAUUCAAAUGGAGAAUUAAAUUAUUUUGGUCAACGUAGUUAUGUUUUACCAGGUGCUACACGUAAUUUAGGUCUUAUCUCAAGUAUUUCUAUUCGUGUUGAUCAAAUUGAAUUAGCUGUAUUAUCAAUGCCAUAUUAUCUUUGUAUUCAUGGUACAACAAAUAAUAAUACAAUCAAUGAAAAUUGGAGUGGAUGUGCUUAUAUUCAACCACCUGUUGAAAGUAAAAAUAGUGAUGAUAAACAAUAUCCAUUGCUUAAUGCAAAUGGAAAAUUAAUAUAA